CGGACUCAGAGGAAGACUGUGAGGGUUUAGGGUGCCACUUGGGACAGGGCCUUUCUCUCAGAGGAAGUGAGUGUCUCCGUCACAUUCAGCACUUCAUGUUAAACAUGUAACCAGGAAAGAAACACUCAAAACUCAUAUGAACACACAUCGAGAGCUUCAGAAGAAAGAAGAAUGAAGAUCAUCUUGACUUUCACUCUGCUGAUGAUUCCUGGAGUCGUGAACUCCAUCAGUGUGACAGGAUAUUCAGGAGGAGGAGUCACGAUCAAAUGCAAAUAUAAUAAAGAAUAUACUGCAAAUGCAAAGUUUUUUUGUAAAGGUCAGCGGACAUCAACAUGCUCUGACCUCAUCAAGACUGAUAUUAAAGAUAAAUGGUUUAAUAAUGAUAGAUUCUCUCUGUAUGACGACACAAGAUCAGCAGUCUUCACUGUGACCAUCAGAAAUCUGACUGAAGAGGAUUCUGGGAUGUACUACUGUACAGCUGAUAUCUCUUUAGCUGAAGAUUCAUACACUGAAGUGAAUCUGAAGGUUAUAAGAGGUGAGUAACUGAGAGCCUCAAACCCAUGAUGAUCUCCACAACAUCACGAUACUCAACACUGACUGUAAUUACUGCCGUUCACAAAUGUAACUAAAAUAUGUUCAUGUUUAAAAAAAAAUCUAUAUCCAGGACAAAUACAGUUUUUUUUUUACGAUUAAGAUUAAUAAUCAAUGUCAACAGCAAAGUAGUUGUGUUAAUUGAGUACAAAACAACAAAUGAUCAAAACAGGAGAACAAAUAUAGAGACUUUGUGUGUGUGUGUGUUUGAUUGAACAUUCUUUAUAAGAAUGAUGAAGAACAUCAUCACACUGAUAUCUGCACUGUUAGACCUUACCAGGUUUUUUACAGUAAAA